AUGCAAAUCCCCUGCUCAGCGCGUUGUCAAAGCGCCAAGGCGGCGCAAACUGGGCCAAGACCGUAUGCGAAUCCGUCGUCGCGAAGAGGGCUGUCCAACUCACCCUUCUUGAUUCCAGGACUCAAGUUCUUCACGGACCCCGAGUCGAACAGUCGUCCUGGAAACCUGUUUUCGGAGAAACUUCACUCUGACUACCAUAACAAUCCAGAGACUAGAUAUCAUAUCCCUUUCGCUCCUAUUGGGGACCCUGGAAACAGGAGACUAAAAGUCAUCACGAUCGAGGCCGGUCUGGCUGGUGUUAUACUAGCCUACAACAUCGAGAAGCAUUGCCCUAAUGUGGAACAUGUAAUUUACGAGAAGAACCCAACAGUCGGCGGAACUUGGUACCAAAACCGAUAUCCUAAUGCCGCAUGCGAUUCCCCGACCUGUACAUAUCAGUUCAACUUUGCCAUCGACCCCGAGUGGGAGAAGUUUCUGUCAGGAUCUGACUACCUACGCCAGUAUGUGGCUAAAGUUGUAAAGAAGCUCGACCUCGAGAAGUAUAUGACGUUCAACUCGAGAGUGAUCGAAGCCCGCUUCGACGAUAAGAAAGGUAUAUGGGAUGUCAAGAUUGAGCAGACGGCGAGUGACGAGAGCAAGAAGACCUUCACCGGCGACUGCGACCUCCUCCUAGGCGCAGUGGGUAUCCUGGAUCGCUGGGAGUACCCAAAGAUCCCUGGCCUCGAGUCGUUCAAGGGUCAAGUGAUUCACUCGGCCGACAGGACAAAGUGGAAACAGUACACCAAAGAUAAAUGGGCAAAUGAUGAAAUCGCUGUCAUCGGGUCAGGAGCAAGCGCGUAUCAGGUCGUACCAGGUAUGCAGCCUUACGCCAAAAGAGUACACAGCUUUCUCCGCACACCGGCGUGGUUUUUUGCCCAGAUGUCUUCUUUUGGUGGAGACCCUCGACCACAGGAUUAUACAUCUGACCGUUGGUGUUUGGAGCCAGAUACCGAAGAGGAGAAGUCCCUCUUCAGAAAGGACCACGGCGCUAUGCUCAAGCACGCAAAGGCUAAUGAGAGUGUUUUGAUGAUGCUGCAGCAUAUGAUGGUGAAGCACGGCCCUGCGUAUCACCAGGCCCGAAAGACUUUGACGGAGAGGACUCGCAAGUGGAUCAAAGAUGACGACCUGUUUGAAAAGCUGAUUCCUUCUUGGAGUCCAGGCUGCCACCGAAUCACUCCUGGCGACCCAUUCAUGGUAGCUAUCCAAGAGCCCAAUGUUGAUGUUCAUUUAACGGGUGUCUCACGAGUCGACGAGAAUGGAGUCUUUGGUGACGAUGGCACCUACACCGCAUGUGUCCUACCGAACUCCCUUCCCCUUGAUCGGGUUGGACGACUACGACCUUCGCAAAGAGUGGCAUACCGUCCCAGCGAGCUAUAUGGGUGUCUCCUGGAAGCAAUCGUCGGCUACACAGUCAAGGUAAUCAAGAAGAUGCAACGAGACAACAUCAAGUAUUUUGUCCCCCGCCAAGACGCUACCGAUGAGUUCAACGACCACGCUCAGUCGUGGUUCAAAGGCACUGUAUGGGAGGAGAACUGCAACGCCUGGUAUAAGAACAGAAAAACAGGGCGCGUAGAUGCUAUUUGGCCAGGAAGUGCUCUCCAUUUCCGGGACGCCAUCGAAGAUCCUCGCUGGGAGGACAUGGAGAUCAAGUAUCAUUCGUAUCUUGGAUAUGGGUUCGCCCCGGUCGACCUUAGCACUUCUUCUGAGGCAGACCGUAGUCCAUACCUCAAGCUAGAGAACCUCGAUCCGCGAUUUUACGAAUAG